GCAUACAUUUGUGAAUGUGCUAUCACCCUCAAUGUGAAGAUAGAAGAGACUAUAAACUUCAACCUGUAUUUUCUAAGAACAAUAUCUUGUAACUGUUUCCUUUUAAUUUUAGGUCAGAUAUAACCCAUAGUACUCAACAUGGACAGCCAUGUGAAAGUAAAACUUUACAGAGCAUUGGAUCAGCUCCUUGAGGAUCAGUUUGAAGAAUUUAAGUGGAUGCUAGAAGACAUUGACUAUGAUGGAAAACCCAACAUUCCUAGAGGUCGUUUGGAGAAAGCUGAUAAGCGAAAAGUUGUAGAUCUCAUGAUUCAUAAUUAUGGAGAAGAUCUUGCUCUGGAAGUCUGCAUUAGUGCCCUUGAAAAAGCCAAUAUAAGAAAUGUUGCUGCAAAUCUCAAAGAAAAUACACCAAGAGAUGUUGUUCCUCACCAAAGGCCAGAUUCAUCCGGCUACAAAAGGCAUAUUAAAAUAAAAUUUCAAAGAAUAAAGGAUCCUAAUUCUUGUCUUGGUGAAGAUUUGCAUCUAAAUGAGAGAUACUCAAAACUAAUCAUCAUAGAUUGUCAUCGAUCUGAAAAAGCAAGAGAGCAUGAAAUUAGGGCUUCAGGAAAAAAGCAUGCUGAAAUCAUGAAAAUGAGAUCCAGUUCUUCUGCCACCAUUGAAAACCUAUUUAGCCCUGACAAACAUGGACUAAUUCCACAAGUGGUUGUGUUGCAAGGAGCCGCAGGAAUCGGCAAGACCAUGACAGCAAGAAAAAUUAUGCUUGAUUGGGCCUCUGAAUACCUUUAUCAGGACAUGUUUAACUACAUUUUUUAUAUUCAUUGCAGGGAGAUGAACCUCCAUGCAGACUCAGAGAAGAGUAGUGUUGUGGAAAUAAUUUCUAAACAAUGGCCCAACAGUCAUGCAACGAAAAACAGAAUUCAAGAGAUACUGAAUGAUCCAGAGAAGCUCCUGUUUAUAAUUGAUGGGUUUGAUGAAUUAAGAUUUUCAUUUGAUCAGCCUGAACUUCUUCCUGAAUCCUACCUCCUAAUCACAACAAGACCCACAGCUUUAGAGCCUCUUAGGCGUUGCUUGGAGUGCUUGCGUUGUGCUGAGAUCUUGGGAUUUUCAGUGGAGGACAGGGUGGACUUCUUCCACAGAUUCUUUGAGAAUGAAGAACACGCAAAACUAGCUUUCGGACUUGUAAAACAAAAUGAUACCCUUUUUACCCUGUGCAUAAUUCCCCUUGUGUGUUGGAUUGUCUGCACCGUGAUGAAACAAGAGAUGGAGAGAGGCAAGGAUCUCCAGAAGACAACAUACACCCUCACUGCAGUCUAUAUGCUGUAUCUCUCCAGUUUGUUAAAGUUUCACCAUAAAGAAUCUAAGCAGGAUGUCCGAAUAAAUGUGAAAGGCUUGUGCUCUUUGGCUGCAGAAGGAAUCUGGAAACAGAAAAUACUCUUUAUGGAAGAAGACGUCAAGAAGCACAAUUUAGAUCAGGAAGACUCCCUCCCCCUCUUUCUGAAUGAGAGCAUCUUCAAAAGGGACAUUGAUUGUAUUCAAACCUACAGCUUCAUUCACUUAAUUCUAGAAGAAGGAGAGAGGCAGCCUUCUGAAAAUCUCAGUAAAAAUUUGCAGACACUAUUAGAACAGGCUCUACAUGAAAGGCGUGAUUUAACAAUGACAGUUCGCUUCCUCUUUGGUUUUUUAAAUGAAGAAAAAAGAAUGACACGGUUAAAACAAGAAUUUGGAUGGAAAAUUUCUCCUAAGAAUAAGGAGUUCUUAAUAGCCUGGCUGAAAAAUUACAAUAAUGAAAGGAUUCUGAAAGAAGAAAUAUUUAGUUAUUUAUAUGAGACACAAGAUGACAAUUUUGUAAAAAAUGCAUUGUAUAAUGUGACUACAGUAGAUUAUGUUUUCAAUUCCGUUAUGGAAUUGAUGAUCCUGGCCUAUUGUAUACAACACUGCCAGAAUUUGGAGGAUCUCCAUGUUGGAGGCGCUAGUAUAUUUCUAAAUAAGAGAGAGGAAGAAAUAUUUCCAUUAGGAAAUGACGUGUGGAGUAUGGAUGAAAAAUAUAUGGAAGACUUCUUUAAAGCACUGACAAAGCUGAGAAAUUUAAGAACCUUGAGUUUUUGGAGCACUUCCUUCGCAGAGUCCUGCAGCUGGCAUCUUGCGGAAGCCCUCAGGAAGAACCAGAGUUUGAGACGGUUAGAUUUGUCGUUUGAUGAUACAGAUGACAAAGCAGUGGAACUGCUGUGUGAGGGGCUAAAACAUCCAGACUGUAAAGUAGAGGAACUAAGGCUUCGUGGAGAAUUCCAUGGUAAAUCCAGUAGCAGGCAUGUUGCAGAAAUACUCAGCAAAAAUCAGAGACUGAGAGACUUAGAAUUGUCCUUCUACAGUACAAAUGAAAGAGCAGUGAAAAUACUGUGUGAUGGGCUCAAACAUCCAGACUGUAAAGUAGAGAAACUAUCGCUUCAUGUAAUACUCCUGACCAAAUCCUGUGGCAGGCUUUUUGCAGAAACACUCAGCAAAAAUCAGAGACUGAAAGAGUUAAAGUUGUCCUUCAACCACUCAGAUAAGAAAGCUGUGGAAAUUCUGUGUGAGGGGCUGAAACAUCCACAUUGUAAAGUUGAGAAACUGUGGCUUGAUGGAAGAAUCCUGACCGAAUCCUGUGGCAGGCCGUUUGCAGAAACACUCAGCAGAAAUCAGAGACUGAAAGAAUUAACAAUUUCCCUCUUCGAUACAGGGGACAGAGUAGUGGAAAUGCUGUGUGAGGGGCUGAAACAUCCAGAUUGUAAAGUUGAGAAACUGGGGNNUUAUGGAAGAAUCUUAACCGAAUCCUGUGGCAGGCUGUUUGCAGAAACACUCAGCAAAAAUCAGAGACUGAAAGAAUUAAAAAUUUCCCUCUAUGAUACAGAGGGCAGAGCAGUGGAAAUGCUGUGUGAGGGGCUGAAACAUCCAGAUUGUAAAGUUGAGAAACUGGGGUGAGUGAGCAGUGUUUGCUUUUCAGUUUGAUGUGUGUUAAUUUCUCUUGAGUGUUUCUGUUCUGGAAAUAGAUCCAUG